AUGGUGAAGGAGACGGUGACGGCGGCGAAGACGUGCUCACACUGUGGCCACAAUGGCCAUAACGCACGGACUUGUCUUAACGGCGUUAACAAGGGAAGCAUUAAACUGUUCGGCGUUAACAUCUCGUCUGAUCCGAUUAGGUCUCCUGAGGUCACGGCGUUAAGGAAGAGUCUCAGUUUGGGAAACCUUGAAUCGCUUCUCGCUAACGAUAUCAGUAACGCUAUCGGUGAUCCAGUCGCCGCCGUUGAAGAUACCGGUUAUCACUCCGAUGGUCAGAUUCAUUCUAAAAAGGGUAAAGCCGCUCAUGAUAAGAAAAAGGGGAAGCCAUGGACGGAAGAAGAACAUCGUAUUUUCUUAGUCGGAUUGAAGAAACUAGGGAAAGGAGACUGGAGAGGAAUUGCAAAAAGCUACGUGACGACAAGAACACCAACACAAGUCGCUAGUCAUGCUCAGAAAUAUUUUCUUAGGUUAAAUGCUAACGACAAGAGAAAAAGACGUGCUAGUCUCUUUGACAUCUCUCUCGAAAAUCAGAAGGAGAAAGAUAAGAACUCUACUCAAGUGGCAACAGAUGAAUCUACAUCUUCAUCAAGGACUCCAUCUAGACAAUUGAUAACCGGAUCUCAAGAGCCUGUACAAGGUCAAACUCAAACCGAGAUUUCGAACAGGUUUCAGAAUCUAACAGUGGAGUACUUGCCAAUCUAUCAAACCGUACCACCUUAUUUUCCAUCUUACAUGUUCCAUCCAAUGUAUUACGCCAAUCCUGAACCAAUGAGGUUUGUUCACCCUUCCGGUAUACCUGUACCAAGGCAUGUACCGAUCGGUAUGCCUCAAUCUCAGUCAAAUGAAGCUUCUAAUCUGACAAAGAAAGACGGUUUGGAACUUGGUAUCGGUUUGCCUCAGGCUCCUCCUCCUCCUCCACAAGCUACCGGAGCAACUCAAGGCUUCAUUCCUGUGAAGUGA